CGCAACAAGGAUUUGCGUAUGCGGGUCCUUAAUGUGUGUUAUGCGUAGCCACGGAGGCAUAUUUCUUUUUUUAUUCCUGUUGUUCCCUCUCCGGUGGUACUGCAGUGCAGAUGCCGACGUUGAGUCCGCUUUCGCCCUGUUCUCUUACACAGACGCUUUUCCCCCCGCCAUUCUCUAUGAUGGCGCACGGUACGAGCACGAAGAUUUUUUUGGGGGUGCUGUUUAGUUUGCUUGGGCUGGAGAAUAUCCGUUGGCAGCUGCCUACAUCUCGAUCUGCCCUUGUAAAAGUACGGAGCAUCUUCGGUGUACAUUCGCCCCCUACCUGGGGCCUUUUUGUCGGAACAUCUGCCCAAAAGCCCUAGGAACAUGUCUUGUUCCAGUGGUCAUCGGCGAGUAAGAAUUCCUGCCAGUUUCAGUCUUGAAGGGGCAUACUAGUAGUGAGUGGAAGUGCUUUCCGACUGCAGCACAUUAGGAACAGCAACAGCGACAGUAAUAGUAAUAAAUACCGAACUCCGUGGGAGGAAAGCGCACUGGGUUUCUCCCCGCUGAGCGGAUUGCCGCUGCGCUGCGGCGGUGAGGAGGAG